AUGGCGAGCUCAGGCGCGGGAACAUCGUUGGGAAGCGAGUAUGACGUGUUCUUGAGCUUUAGAGCAUCCGACACUCGCGUCAGAUUCACCGACUCCCUCUUCCAUAGCUUGACUGAUGCUGGAAUCCGCGUCUUUCGAGAUGAUGAAGAGCUCCGCGUGGGUGAAAGGAUCGAUGGAUUGCUUCAGCGAGCGAUAGACAACUCCAGAAUUUACAUACUCGUCUUAUCUCGGACCUAUGCUUCGAGCCCGUGGUGCCUCCGCGAGCUCACACGGAUUGUGGCAAACACCCUUGAAUCGGAAGGUACUAAAGAGAUCCUACCUAUUUUCUUCGACGUGAAUCCGGACGAUGUUAAGCUGAAAACUCCUCUGUAUCGUGAUACCAUAAUCAAUCUGGAGCGCAACAAGAAGUUGAGCAGUGAAUUAGUAGAUACGUGGAGAGAGGCCCUCGUGAAGGUUACUGCGAUAAAAGGGUGGGAAGCGAACAAGUACGAAGGCCUCGGUGAACUGAUCUUAUCGAUAGUUAGGGAGGUCGUGAACAAGUUGAAGGAAGAACAGAAAUGGGUGAAUGAACGUUUAGUUGGACUUAAUGAUCAAGUUAAAGGAGUAAUCAAAUUGUUAGACUUCAAAUCUGGUGGAGUGCGACUCCUCAUGAUUUAUGGUAUGGGGGGUAUCGGUAAGACGACUCUCACCAGAGUCGUCUUAGACGAACUCUCUUAUCAUUUUGGAAAGUAUUGUUAUUUCCUCGAAGAUGUUCGAGCAAACUCAUCAAGAGCAAAUGGCUUAGUUGAGUUGCAAAAGAAGUUAUUAUCCCAAAUUGGCCAUCCUGCAAAAAUAUGGAGAAUUGAGGAAAUUGAUUAUGGAAUGGAGAUGAUUGGGGAAGCACUUUGCGAUAAGAAAGUUCUCAUUAUACUUGAUGAUGUUGAUAACAGUGAACAAGUGGAGAAAUUAGUUGGAAAGAUUAGUUUGCAUUCGGGUUCUAGAAUAUUGAUUUCAACUAGAAAUAAAGAUGUUUUGCGAACCUAUAAACCACAGUAUCAAAUUUUCAAGUAUGAAAUGGAGGGGAUGAGUUAUGAUAAUGCGCUUCAACUUUUUAGUUGGCAUGCAUUCCAUGGAGACCACCCUCCGGAUGAUUAUACUGAUCUUUCAAGGGACAUCAUAACUACUACAGGGAGACUUCCAUUAGCUCUUGAAGUAAUUGGUUCGUUUCUCUACCGCAAGAAUUCACAAGAAUUGUGGAAAGGGAUAUUGGAUAAGUUGAACAAAGUAUCUCCAAUGGAUGUUUAUGGAAAGUUGAAGAUUAUCUACGAAGGCUUAACUUUCAGUCAACAACAAAUUUUCCUCCAUAUCGCAUGCUUUUUUGUUGGUCACGAUACCACGAAUGCACUUUAUAUGUGGACAGAUUGUGACUUUUUCCAAGAUCGUGAAGUUUCCCCAGUGAUUACACUUCCUGUCCUCAUUCGGUUGUCUCUGGUAAAGAUUUUGGGGAACAAUACUUUUUGGAUGCACGAUCAACUCAGAGAUUUCGGUAGAGAAAUUGUUCGUCUAGAAAAUCUAAAGAAUCCCGAACAACGAAGUAGGAUAUGGACUUCAAUGGAAGACCUCGAUGCAACGAGAAUAAAGCAGAAUACUGAUGUCACUCAUUGCUCAUUCUCAUUUGCAGAUGGGCCUGGAAGUUGA